UUGUGUCCGAAAUCAUGCGGGUUGUGCAAAUGUAGCGGAAGUCACGUAUUGCAAAGUCGAUGCAAUCGAGCCGGUCAAGCUGUGGAAACGCGUAUCACGUAUCGACCACAUCCAGUGCAUCACAUCUGUACCACCAGUAUCGAAAAGAAGAAGGUGGCCUGUGAAUUCUGUCCGAUUGGCCAAUUCACUGUGAUUCACGAGUGUAACGAGGCUUCUGGGAAGCGUCGUAUCAGCCAUGUUCGAGCCCAACUAGUCCACGGGCCGCAACCGCAGUUGCCAAACAGUAUCAAGAUCUACAAACCUCGCUGUGCGAUCUCUGUUCAGAACGAACUGCUGCCGUGCAAUGGAUGUUUGGCCAGUGAAUCGGAUCGAAAAACGGUACUUCCCUGUCGACGUCGAGCUCCACAUCCUACUGACUCGGAGCCUGUUUAUCAGCUGAAAGUGAUCACUGAGUACAUGGUUAAUGAACAUGGCUGUUGUCAUGUGCGACGAUCCGAACGUGUCUUCCCUUGUGACGGAUGCCCGAAAAUGCUGAUCGGAACUGGCCCGUGCACACACGGACAUCGGCUACGUUAUUUCCUAUUCUUCACACGUCCCCUGACCGCUAUCCACAACCCCGAGACCAAAUGCAUUCCUCACACAGUGACCAGAAAAGAACCGUGCGAAUCGGACGGUGCUCGGAUGCAAGGUGAUUCCUUAUGA